GCUGAAUAAAGCUGCAGUAAUAAGGAGCAGAAAAUGCGCCCCGGUAGAUGCCGGUUGAUUGACAGUUGUCGAUUUUGUAGUAGCCUAACUUAUAAUUUUCAUGAUAUCGUGAAACCUCAUUUGUUUCUAGAGGUAGCCUAGCUUAUAUUUCUGGGUGUUACAGAUGUUUGAGCAGGCUUUAGAGCACGCGACCACAACACAUCUCAACACACCUGGCUUUAAUUGAUUUUAGGCUAAUAAAUAAUUCGCUCGCUUGUUUUUUUUCUUCUCCCACAAAAUGGCGACCCUGAUAAAACAUACAAAAUUCGCCUCUUUAUUGGUGGUUUUGCUAUCUGUGUGCGGUCUUCUCUCGGCUGAAACGGUGCGUGUAGGGACUCGGGAAAGCGUCGGACUAGAAAUAGACUGCAGAGAAGUCGAAGUGAGAAUAACCGUGAAGCGACAGUUUUUCGAGGAGAGACGUAUCCCGUUCAGACCUGAGUAUCUUAGACUUGGAACACAGCAGCGGCCCUGCGGACCAAAGGGACCAAUGUCUGAUUCUGAAAUGGUCAUCUCUGCAGGGCUGCAAGAAUGUGGGACUGAGUCCAGUGUUCAUGGUGAGUGGCUUGUGUACGCCAACCAGCUGGUACUGUUUCCUGCUGUGGUUCUCACCUCCACAGGCAGUGUGAUAGUUAGAGGGGCAACUAUUGAAAUACCUGUUGAGUGCCGUUAUAAGAGAAAGCAGACAGUGAGUGGAGAACCAUUAACCCCAACCUGGCAACCAAUGACAUCUACAAUCAGUGUCUUUGGCCUUCUGCACUUCUCCCUUCGUACCAUGGCAGGUGACUGUACCUCUCUACGUAGUUCCUCAGUGUAUCAGCAGGGGGAAGCAGUGUUUUUAGAGGCCAGUGUGGAAGCCCCUCUGCACCCUCCUCUUACUCUAUAUGUCGACUCCUGUGUGGCUACGUUGACGCCUGACCCGCUCUCCUUGCCAAGCUACAAGUUUAUCACUAAGCAUGGGUGUCUAAUGGACAGUGUAUUGCCGGGGUCUCUAUCUAAAUUCCUCCCUAGGGAGCAAGAUAACAGACAGUGCUUCAGUGUCCGAGCUUUCCACUUCAACUCGGAGUCUUUGGGACAGAUGUUCAUCAGCUGCCACCUCAGGGCCACUCUGAAACAAAACUCACACCGCCACCUUGAUAAAGCCUGCUAUUUCCAUCCCCCCACAUUCAGCUGGCGUGCCACAGAGGGAGACAGUGCUGUGUGUGAAUGCUGUGACUUUGGCUGCUUUAGACAGGCUGAAGAGGAGAACAGUGGCCACACUGGUCACACAACCCAACCAGAUACAGAAAAGAAGUACGAGAUGGACACAACAGUUGGGCCACUUCACACGCUUCCAAGCUCCUAUUGGAAAGGCCGUCUAUCAGUCAGUCACUAAAGAGCCUUUUUCUAACUUAGGUGGGUAUAGGGAUUGUCAAGACCAAAACCAAUGUUUGACAUUAAAGCAUCUAUGACAUUAUUUUUCUCAUGACUCAUAAAAGUAAAGAAAUGUGUUUUCUAAAAACGUAUAGUUGGAGGCCAUGGAUAGCAAGCUAUAGCAUUUAAAGCCCCGACAUGUGUGGUUUACCACUUGAUUACUUUGGACCCCAGAGGCCUUUUGCAGCAGUAUUUUACUAUAGCCAUCACAAAAGCUCCCCUAUACACCACUGCCAACUGCAGACAGAAAAUGUUGGCGGAAGAGAUAAAACUGCCAUAAUGUGCACCAAGCAGUAUGACUGAAUAAACGUAUGUAACGUCAAGAGUUUUUCUCUCUGGAAAAAGAUCUGUUCAUCAUCUCAGACCAUGCCACUUAAGUGAUGCUUUAAUAAUUUUGUUUUUGUAAACUACAGGAUCAUACAGCAAACUGUCUGAAUUGUUUCUGUAUGUAGUUUAACACUUCCCUGCUGUAUGGUAGCACAUUGAGCCAGUGCUGUUCCUGUUUUGACUGACAAUGCUCCUAAACCAAAACAGGUUAGUCAGUCGUAUACUUUGAGGAAGUUGUACCUAACCCCAGGAGAAACAAACAUAACACAGCCCAGAUUUCACAGUUGUUUGUUUUAUUUGUUAUACUAUAAACAUUCGUUUGUGAAUGAUAUGUUAAAGUUACUAUUAUACACGUACUUUAGGAGCUUUAACCUAUUUGUCUUUAGCAAUCUCAACACUUUUAAAGUUCUUGGAAAUGAGGACAGAAAUCCUGUUUAUAAAUGUGUGUCUCGUCUGAGACAGACCAGGUAGUUUCAUCAUGACUGAAGAAUGGGUAGUUUUUUCAUUCAGCCAUGGAAAUUGAUUUACCAUGAAAACAAACCCAUCAGGAAUUUCCACAAAGAGGUCAAAGAACUACAAUGGAACCUAAAAUAUCUCUGAGGCAAUAAGCACAGUGGAAUAAACAGAGUAAGAAUGGGACAGUUACGCAGCCAUGUUCUGUAUGUGCUUUACAUCCCCUGUCUGCAGUAGAAAUACUUGUCCAGUCCCGUGAGAGGAAAUGGGACUGACCAAAUGGAAAACCUGGUAGAUUUCAGGACUACAAUACUUCUUGAUCUGGAUCUCCCUGAAUAUAAGCCAUUGUAUUAAUAAACAAUUCAAAGAGGAUAUUUUCUAGAACUCUCAUCCUAAAAAAAGAUCAUAAAAAUGCUCCUAAGAUCA